AUGAUCCAUGACGAACAUUCUCACAUAGCCCAAACCUUCUAUGCCGCAUAUCCUCACCAGGCCGCCCAGGCCGCCCAUCCUCUUCACCCCUCCGACCUCGAUCCUUCCUACUACCAGCCUGCGCCCCCGCCAAAGCAGCAGGCCAUCUACGGCCCUCCGCUCUCCCAGCAGCAGCACUCCCAACAGAUGUCCUCCCAACGCCCUAUCCGUUCCAGGCCCAUUCCCCCCUCCCACUUCAAGGAUGAUCCUGCCUUCUCGCCAGACCCUCGCACAAAUCCUCUGGCCUACACCACCUUCGCUAUGAACUCCAGGGAGGAGAUCGAAUACUCCUCUCUUCCAAAUCCUUACGACUCCGCUCCAAAGCGCGACCCUUCUGCAAUUUACGCCUACCCAUCGGCGCCUCCUGUCCCUCAGACUCCAGCGGCUUCCCAGUACUAUGCACCGUCGAUUCACCUCUAUCCGAGCGCAGGCAGUGAACAUAGCCGCCCUCCAUCCGAGGUCGACUCUUUCUACGCCUUCGCCGCAUCCUUCCCUUCCCCCAAUGGCAGUUACCACAUGGACCCGCGUGCUUCUGCCGACGCCUCGAGUGUCCAUCUCGCAUAUGACGAUGGCGAGGAGCGAGUCGCCCCGCCCGAGCCGUCCCCGACGACGCGCCAGUCGUACUACAGCAA